AUGGCUAUGGGCAAUGUCGGUGCAGCCUAUGAAGUCUCCAGCGACAUUGUGAACGCGUUGAGCUGGUACGAGCGGGCACUAGAAGAAAUCAAUUCCUCUUCAGAAAUCAUCUUCACAGACAGAUUUACGACUCAGUCGUCACGGCUGCAUCUCAUGGUGCACAUGGCGAGGGCCAAGCUGAGCGCCUGCGUGUGGACAGACGCAGAAAACGACUUUGACUCUCUGUGGGCGACGGUGACCAACCUGCAAAUGACAGUGGGCAAUCUGUAUGUCUUGACGCCGUUCGACUCGUUGCUACACCCGAUUUCACCUCAAGAAAGGAAAGCGCUGGCUUUGACCAGGCUGAAUGUUGGAUAUCUAUCGUAUGACUACUCGGACCACCCAACUACUCACCUGAUGGAGGGCACAUUCGCGACCAGAGAUCGAGAUUCGAUGAAUAUUGUAGCGUUUGGAUACGGACGAGAUGAUGGCAGCGCAUUCCGCCAGCGAGUGGUCGAGAGUGUCGACAAAUUUGUCGAUUUGUCUACAGUGUCCUUCGAAGAGAGUGCUGCGCGAAUUCGGAGUGAACAUAUACACAUUGUUAUGGAUGCUCAAGGACACACGCGCAGAGGUCGCAUGCAAAUUGUGGCAGCCCGGCCUGCGCCAAUCGUUGUAAAUUAUCUGGUGUAUCCUGGAACCUCUGGGGCACCUUUUGUGGACUAUGUGCUCGUCGACAAGUUCGUGGCACCUCCUGCAGAAUUAGCCUCGGCAUUUACGGAAAAACUUGUGGUGAUGCCUCACUCCUAUCAGGUGAACUACUACAAACAAGUACUCCGGCAGUCCGAAAGGAUAUCUCGUCGAUCCGAUUUGUGGCGAGCUGACGAUGACAAGGAAGAUGAGGACGAUGGAUUCUUGUUCGUGAAUUUCAACAAAAUCGACAAAUUAGAGGCAUCCGUAUUCAGCACGUGGAUGGGCAUUUUGCGGCGUGUACCUCGGAGUUCGCUGUUGUUGCUGGACCCUGGAAGACACGUGCUGGAUGGUAAUAUGACUCAAUCCGUCACGAGUCAUGAAAUUAGGAAGAACCUCUGGAGGGAGGCCCAAGCACAAGGAAUUUCAACCAGGAGAAUCCGAUUUGUGUCCAGAACCCCAAAGCUUGAACACCUUCAACGGCACCGUACGGGAGGGCUCUUCCUUGACACUUUUAUUUAUGGAGCGCAUUCCACCGCGACCGACGCGCUUUAUGCCGGACUUCCUGUGUUGACACUAGCCGGUGACUCUUUCGCAAGUAUGUCUUUGAUUAUAGUGUAUCUGUCAUCGACACCUUCCGUUCUCUUACAAUUGCAGCGUCGGCUUCGAAGUGAUCAAGUCGAGAUUGAGCAACCGUUAUUCCGCACCAAGCAGCACACCGAGCAUUUGGAAGCAGGUCAACGUCUGAUGCACGACAUUUACUCACUCACAAAUCGUACUUUUCAUCUGGUGGUUGGAGGUAGGAGCAAAGUUUGGGGAAGUUGGAACGAUGUGAGUGGGUGA